AAUUGGAUUCCGGACCACAAGAUCUCGCACAGCUCUACCUGCUAUAUAUGAGUUAGCUGGCCUUGUAUUCUUCUCAUCCCAAUCCCUCCAUUCCCCUACCCCUAUAAAAAAGACUCCAUUUCAAUUUUGAUUCAUUCCUCUCUCUCUCUAUCUCUCUCUCUCUCUCUCUCUCUCUCCUUAUGGAGUCAACAAGAUCUGAAGUUGCCAUAGAUUGCCCUCACUUGUUCCGCAUAUACAAAGAUGGCAGAAUAGAGGGACUCAAGGGCAUCCAUGUCGUCGUCCCUCCUUCUCUAGAUCCCAAAACCAAUGUCCAAUCUAAAGACGUUGUCUGUUCACAAGAACCAAAUCUAUCCUCCAGACUUUUCCUCCCCAAAAUCAUCAACCCUAACCAAAAACUCCCUCUCCUUGUUUACUAUCACGGCGGUGGCUUUCGCACUGAAUCCCCCUUCUCUGCUCAGUACCAUAACUUCUGUAACAAAUUGGUUGCAGCUGCUAAUAUAAUUAUAGUUUCUGUAGAUUAUAGAAAAGCCCCGGCGCACCAUCUCCCAGUUGCAUACGAUGAUUCAUGGACUGUGCUCAAAUGGGUUGCUUCUCAUGUCGAUGGAGAUGGAUCUGAAGAGUGGCUGAACUGCUAUGCAGAUCUAAAAUCUGUGUUUUUGGCUGGAGAUAGUGCUGGUGGGAAUAUAGCACACCGUAUGGCCAUGAAAUAUGGGGAAGAGAAAUUAUCUGGUAUUAAUCUUGCAGGGAUUGUUCUAAUACAUCCAUACUUCUGGGGUAGAGAACCUAUUGGCAAUGAGGUUAGGGAAUCAAAAGUAAGGUUAAUGAUUGAUGGGUUUUGGCAUUCUGCAUAUCCUGCAACAAGUGGGUGCGAUGACCCUCUGCUUAAUCCUGCUACUGAUCCAAAGUUUGGUAGUUUGGGGUGCAGCAGAGUUCUUAUAUUUGUUGCUGAGAAGGACUUUUUGAGAGACAGAGGAUGGUAUUAUUCUGAGAUUUUGAAAAAGAGUGGUUGGGGAGGAUCGGUGGAGGUGGUUGAAGCUAAGGAAGAGAACCAUGUGUUUCAUUUGUUUAAUCCUGAGAACGAAAAUGCCAAGGCUAUGCUUAAAAGUGUGGCAUCUUUCAUAAAUCAAGAAGAUCACUCUUAAAUAAAUAAAUAAAUAAAUAAAUAUAUAUAUAUAUAUAUAUAUAUAUAUAU